AUGCCCGUCGUUUCGCAGCCUGUCCCUCCCACCACUCACCUCCCCUCCCACGACAAGGCGUCCUUUGCGACGUCAAUCCCGUCAGAAGCUACCAGACCCCUCAUCCCUUCUGUGAAACCCGUCAACAUGUCUCCAAUGGCGGCGUCUCCGAUGGUUGCCGGUCCCAGCACUGCAUGGCCUUCAUCAGCAACGCAGUCUAGGUUCUUCCUUGUCGACAUUGACGAGCCGGCCAUGCCCACAGCAGCUCUCGGGUCGCCACCGCAGAGCUUCUCUCGAUGCUCGAGCGAGCCACCGUCAAACCGUGAUGGCGAGUACCGUCGCCAGCGGUCGUCGAGCGACUCGAUCUCGCGGACACCGAGCAUUCCAGAUUCCAACGAUAGCCAUGUCGAUCUCAAGUCAAUGGGUGCUGCGCCUGUGCCUAUCACUUCUCAGCCUAGUCUCAUCGGUCGUCUUGCUUCGAAGAGAGAGGCACCACCCUCAGACGAGUCUGCCGCGUUCAUGCUUGCAUGGUCCUGA